AUGGAGUGGAAGCCUCCUCAGUUUGACGUUUCCUACCUUCCAGACUCUGUCCUCACAAAUAAUCUGGACGUGGAUCCUGAUUUCGUAGACAAUUUCGCUCGUUCUGCUAAGUGGUGUGCCGAUGGAUCCAGCUUCCUUGUCCAGUGCGAGAACAGAGCAUUUCAACUGUUUAAUACGUCACAUUCCGAAGCCACACAAUUCUCCGUUCAUCAUACCCGUACAUUCUCGCAGUCCUCAGCGAUUGUCAAUUUUGCUUGGUAUCCUGGGGCAUCAUCCAGCAACGCUCCAGCGUUCUGUUUCGUCGCUUCUGUGCGUGACUGUCCGGUGAAACUUCUUGAUGCCUCGGAUGCAAGGCUGAGAGCCUCGUACCCAAUUGUUGAUCAUCGCGAGAGGUUCAUCGCUCCUCAUAGUCUCGCGUUCAACUUGACAGCAGACAAGUUAUACUGUGGUUUUGAAGAUGCCAUCGAGAUCUUUGACAUUCAACAUCCUGGGGAAGGCGAUCGGCUUCCGACCAUACCUUGUAAGAAAAGUAAGGAUGGACUUAAAGGCAUCAUAUCCAGUAUCGCUUUCUCCUCCUCUUACGACUACUACGCGAUCGGCAGCCUAACACCUCCCUCACAAGCAAUGGAUAAUAUUGCGUUGUAUUCCGAGUCGAAUAAAGUAGCCAUCAUGCCUAUAGGAGGCACAAAUGCUCAGUCCGGACUGAAGUUUAAUCCGACGAAACCGCAUAUCCUGUAUGCUGCAUUUCGGCGACAUGAUGAAAUAUAUGCCUGGGACCUUCGCAGUGAUACAUCUGUACCUGUACAAGUCUUCAGGACGUCCCCUGAUUCUCGGACCAAUCAAAAAAUCGAAUUCGACAUAGACUGCGCUGGGAGAUGGUUAAGCGUCGGUGAUCAGAACGGAUGUAUUUCGAUGUUUGACCUUGGAGAUUCGGACGAAUUGGAUUCUGAACAAUCGCCAGUAUGCCAGCCGCUCAUGCAUAUUUCUCCCGUGACUAAUUUGGCGACCAAAGAUGCGGUGGGCUGCGUGGCUUUUCAGCCCCUGCGUUCUAACCUUCUAUCGGCAUCUGGCUCACGCCAUUUUGAUGGGGGCAUGGAAGAGGUUGAUUCUGAUAGUUCUGACGAGGAGCAUUCAACAGACCAAGAGUCGGAUUCUGAGAGCCAGAACGUGAUCACUAAGUCGAGGCGCCGACGGCUUCCAUAUGUCAAGGACUCGUCUCUGAAGCUGUGGUCUUUCGACCCAACGCGGGCUGUACAUCACACACAUGAUUAA